AAUAAUUCUAGGCAGGCAUGAGCUCAAAAUGGCUGCGAUGUGUUUAUCAAAAGAGCAGUGCCGAGGUUAGACUGAUCUGUUUUCCUUGGGCUGGAGGUGGAGCGGCAUUCUAUGCAAACUGGGGAAAGAAGUUUGCUGGCGAGAUUGAAGUGCAUGGAGUGUGCUUGCCGGGCAGAGAGAGCAGAUUUGUGGAGCCAUUUAUUGUUGAUGAUUGGAAAUCUCUUCUGAAAGACUUCUGUAAGGAUGUUCAUGGGAUUUUAAAGGAAAAACCAUUUGCAUUCUGGGGUCACAGUCUAGGAGCUGGAAUUUGUUUUGAGGCAGCAAGAUACCUGAAACUGCACUACAACAUGCAACCAGUCCACAUGUUAAUAUCAUCGGCAACAGCACCCCAGAUACCAAGAACAGUGCUUGAUGUUUCAGUUCUCAGUGAUGAUGAAUUGAUUCACAAAAUUCGCAGUUGGGGUGGAACACCAAAAGCACUGACAGAAAACAAAGACAUGAUGAAGAUCGCAGUGCGUGUAUUAAGAGCUGAUCUCACACUCCUACACAACUACAGGUAUGGUAACAGACCGCUCCCACUAGAUCUCUCCUCUGUUCAUAUGAUGACGGGCAUGAUAAUUAUGUUGCUUUUUAUGUAUUUCAUUUUUUUUUUUCUUUUAUUUGCUUUGCUCUGGACAACAGAAUGGUGUUUGUUUCAAUUUAAUUCCAACCCAAGAUUCCAAAAGGCUCUCAUUGCAGUAUUUUGUGCCCCUAAAUCUUCCCCCUCCUUGCCCCAUCGAGCCAAAAGCUGCUCAAUGCCAGAUAUUAUUUCCUUGUUAAGGUGUGCGAUUUCCAAUUCCCUCUUUUACUCACAGAUACCAAGAACAGUGCUUGAUGUUUCAGUUCUCAGUGAUGAUGAAUUGAUUCAAAAAAUUCGCAGUUGGGGUGGAACACCAAAAGCACUGACAGAAAACAAAGACAUGAUGAAGAUCGCAGUGCGUGUAUUAAGAGCUGAUCUCACACUCCUACACAACUACAGGUUUGAAGCUGAUGACAAUGCAAUCCUGGACUGUUCGUUAACUUGUUUUGAUGGAUCAGAAGAUCUACACAACCAAGACGGCUGGACAGAACUCAUCCAGGGACCUUUUAAAAGACACGUCCUGCCAGGAGGACAUUUUUACUUCAUGGAAAGAGACAACGAACGUUCCGUCAUAAAGCUUGUUUCUGCGGCUUUGGGAGUCCAAUGAUCUCCGCAUCUAUAAUAAAUUUGAAUUUUGUAGAUUUGGGUUUUCGUACCUGCAUGCUUAACUGCAGUCCCGAGCUCGAAUUACUGAUCAAUUCUCUUUAAUGUGUGCAAGUCAUUUAUGAAUGUUAGAUGGGAGAAUUUGGUGAUAGGUCAGACAAUGUCUCUAGCUUAUAUGACAAGAGCUGAUCGCACUUUUAGUGUCUUCACACCACGCGGUGACGUAGUGAUAAGUUUAAGGGAACAGUUAUAUAAAAAGAGAAAUCAGUUGGAAAAUGAAUUAGAAUUUAAUAGAAUUUAAUGAAGCGAAGGUCUUUUUGGGUUUAUCUGAAAACCUCAAGUUUCCCUCUUACUUGAGGCUUUUUGCCGGCGAAGAAAGAUAUUGGUAAUUUUGGAGAGGUACGUCAAGAAAAACAACUGUUAAUAAUAAAUGAUUAUACGGUCUGAUUUUGAUAAGUUGCCUUCUUCAAAGCUCAUGUUGAAGGGUAUUAAAAGAUGUAACCACAAACAUGAUUUUUGUUUGCGAAAUUCACGCAAUUGAUACCAUGACCGGUGCAAGUUUAAAAUUUUCCGUGGAAACCGUUACUGAUAUGUUCAGUUAAGAAGUUUUCCUGAUCAAGUUAUUCGCAAGGAAACAUAUUCCUGUGCAUUUUAAUGCAACCAUAAAAUUGUUCCACUCUGUUCCGUUCGAAACUAUCUUAAUUCAUGAAAAUCGCUUAGAGUAAGGUCAAAAGAUAAUUAUUUUAUCUCGUCCCGUCCCUCGGGUUUUCUAAUACGUGAACGCGCGCGCGUGGAUGACCAUUGUGACCUAUUAAGAAAACACGAUUUUACAUUACAAAGGCUUUUGUGUUUAUACAUUGCCAUGGACGCCUUGAGUAGAGACGAAUGGCUGACAUAUCAAGCGUACAAAAAUGCCAACACAGACUAAGAAAUCGGUGUCUGUGACGCCAACAGAGAGACCUGCUAAAGCAAAGAAGAAGAAGAAAAAAGAGUCGGGAAGAAACAGUCGACAUUCCGGCAGUAAAACGCCCGCUUCGGGCGCUGAUAGCUCCAGUGAAGGAACCCGUCGAAAGUCAAGAUCGAAGUCACGAGCAGACACCGAGAAAAAGGUUGCAAGCGAUUUCAACUCGAAAUCUUGCUCUUCAAGCACACAAAAUCCUUCUUCAAGUAGCUGGCGAACAAGCAGUUCGGACGGCCGAAGCACAAGCAGCAGUGGAGAAAACUUCGGCGCAACAAGUUGUACAAAUUCAGCUUCUUCGAACGAAACGCGUUCACGAGAAAACGCGGUCAACACAAGCACAUUGGCCGUUGCAUCGUCGUCGACUUUAACUCGAAUAAACGAGACUUUAAGAUGGGACUUUACAAAGUGUGAUGAUCCAGCUGAGGAAGAGGAACGGUUAAAAAUCUAUAAAUUACACAGAAGGAAAAGAUACAUGGAUUUUUUGCACAAAAGGACGGGUGGAGAACCUCAAAGUAGCUUCUAUGCGUAGAUAACUUUUUGUGGCCUAGCAACUCAGCGAAAACUAUUUAUAGUGUAUUUGAUUUUGUGACUGAAAUGCGGAAGCUUCUCUCAAAGAGAGUGCAAAGCCAGAUAAUACACCUAACUGUAUAGCAGAUAGCUUGAUAAUUUAUUUACAUUUGUCGUCGACUUCUUGACAUUUUCGGUCAAAGAUCUUUCCAUAACAUAUGAACAAAAAUUUGAGAAAACAAUUAAGGACGUGUUAAUUAAUCUUUUACUCAGUACUACGUACGUGACAAGGUCACACACGAAAGAUAACUUUUAGGUUAUUUACACAGUGUAAAAACCCCUUCUCUGUUUUCAUUGAGAAGGACUAUUAAGGAAUCUUUGACAGCUAGAUUUUCACGUUACAUAAAUAACGUAUUUCGCUCGCGAAAAACGUGAGAUCGAUUUUUUGGAUUUUAACGGCAUUCAAACGAGAAGGAUUAACGCGGAUUCAGAAUAGCUUUAUUAGCAUACACCAAACAUAACAUCCAUUUGUUUAAACUGUACUAUUAUUCCCCGUUGGUUUGUACGACAAACUACUGUACAUAGCUCAGGCUGUUUUAUUGCAGACCUCAAAAUGUGUAAAUAUGUGAAUAUGUUUUCAUCGUGAGAGAUGUAGAGUGAAUUGAGUUUUAAGAGCAGAGGGAUAAUAUAUUGAAGACUAAAGAGUGUCACAAAAGACAAAAGUAGUAUUGUACCUGAAUGUUUACUCUGUAAAGCGAAUACAACGAACGAUUCAAUAGUUUUC